AUGCCGCAGAACGAGCACAUUGAGCUACACAGAAAACGUCACGGACGUCGUCUCGAUUAUGAGGAGAGACAACGCAAGAAGCUGGCUCGUGCCGCACACGACCGCUCUCAAAUGGCGAAGACGUUGCGUGGACACAAAGCGAAGCUGUACCACAAGAAGAGAUAUUCGGAGAAGGUGGAGAUGCGUAAACUUCUGAAGCAGCACGAGGAGAAAGAGCAGAAGAAUACAGUGGAGCAACCGGAUAAGGGAGCCGUGCCAGCGUAUCUCCUUGACAGACAGCAGCAGACGUCAGGAACAGUUCUCUCGAAUAUGAUUAAGCAGAAAAGAAAGCAAAAGGCAGGAAAAUUCAAUGUUCCAAUACCUCAAGUACGCGCUGUCAGUGAUGCCGAGGCAUUUAAAGUGGUGAAAACUGGAAAAACGAAUCGAAAAGGAUGGAAGCGAAUGGUCACAAAAGUCACAUUCGUUGGAGAGUCUUUCACUCGGAAGCCCGCCAAAUUCGAACGAUUCAUUCGCCCGAUGGGACUUCGAUUCAAGAAGGCGCACGUUACACAUCCAGAACUUCAGACGACGUUCCAUUUGCCGAUUGUUGGUGUCAAGAAGAAUCCAUCCAGUCAGAUGUACACAUCGCUGGGUGUUAUCACAAAAGGAACCAUCAUCGAGGUGAAUGUCUCCGAGCUGGGAAUGGUGACACAGGGAGGAAAAGUAGUUUGGGGAAAAUUCGCACAAGUCACCAACAACCCGGAGAACGAUGGAUGCAUCAAUGCUGUUCUUCUCAUUUGA